UCCUUCCUAUACAGUCCAGUAGUCCACAACACUUUGCCCCGCCAUAUUCUCUCUCUCUCUCUCUCUCUAACACCACCAUGUACGGCCGCCGGAAAGACAGCUCCGACAUCCGUACACCUGACCGCUUUAGUUAUCCUCCUUCACCGUCACCCAGCUCCUAUUCUACCUCCUCCGGUAGAUCAACUUCUGGCCGGAACCGAGUUAAAGGUGCUGCGAGAUCGGUUGCCGGAGUUUUUGUUGCGUGUUUUACGCCGCCGGGGGAGGAGGAUACGCGUCACCAUAGCUCCUCCGUGUACGGUGGCGGUUCUGAUACGUUUAGUUCAACGUCAGAUGUUUCAGGGGCUUCUGAUUCCACCGAUGGAAGGAGGCGAGGCACACCCCGUGGUAUAUACGGAACCCGAAACGAUUCUACUCACUUGAAAGAGCCGGGAAGUACUAAGUUCACUAUUGCGGAAAUCCACCACGCAACAAAGAACUUCUCCCCGGCCCUUAAAGUUGGACAAGGUGGAUUCGGGACUGUCUAUAAAGGUCAACUUCAAGAUGGAACCCUCGUCGCCGUGAAACGGGCCAAAAAGAGUUUGUAUGACAAGAACCUAGGAGGCGAGUUCCAGAGUGAAAUCCAGGCGUUAUCGAAGGUGGAGCAUUUGAAUCUAGUGAAGUGCUACGGGUACUUGCAGCAUGGAGACGAAAGAAUCAUUGUUGUUGAAUACGUACCGAAUGGAACACUUCGGGAACACUUAGAUUGUAUCAAGGGCAGUGUUCUUAGUCUUGCCUCUCGUUUGGAUAUCGCUAUAGACGUAGCACACGCCAUUACUUACCUACACACCUACACAGACCAUGCUAUAAUCCAUAGGGACAUCAAGUCUUCAAACAUCCUGCUCACUGAAAAGCUAAGAGCCAAAGUUGCGGACUUCGGUUUUGCACGACUAGCAGCCGAUGAAGAAUCGGGCCAGACCCAUGUGUCAACUCAGGUUAAAGGGACUGCGGGCUACUUAGAUCCCGAAUACCUGAGGACAUAUCAACUUACAGAAAAGAGUGAUGUUUAUUCAUUUGGUAUAUUGCUUGUCGAGCUAGUUACGGGUCGAAGGCCUAUUGAAGCAAAACGGGAACUUAAAGAGCGCGUAACGGCUAGAUGGGCGAUAAAGAAGUUUACAGACGGACAUGCGAUUACGGUAUUGGACCCGAAUCUCGAAAAGUCGGACGCAAAUGGUUUGGCACUCGAGAAGAUUCUAGAACUGGCUUUACAAUGUGUUAACUCUCAUAGAAGAAACAGACCGAUCAUGAGGAGAUGUGCUGAGGUUUUGUGGAACAUCCGGAAAGAUUACAAAGAGUUGUUGGAUUGAUAUUUCUAUAUUGUGUGUCCGGUAGAGGAUCCUGUACAUUAAUCUAGAAGUGUGAGAAGUGUAUUAUAACACUAUAUAUAACACUAUAUAACAACAUAUAAACACCGUAUAACACUAUGUAACACCAUAUAAC